AUGUCGUCCAGCGUGGAAACUAGAGAGUACGAAGGGGAUACCUUUGAGGAUGCCUCGGAGCUCUCCAGUCAUAUUGCGGAUUCCUUGCCUCACAGCUCUUCCACACGUUCCUUGACAGACCCGACGCCUUCUCCUGGUUCAACGCCCGUGAUCACGGAGCCACCUCCGCUCCCUUCUCCUACCCACGAUAACGAGGAGAGAGAACAUGAACAUGAACAUGAACAUGAGGAUGGCGAUGAAGAGGAGCGGGAAGAAGGCUCAGAAACCGCUAGCAUCGACCUGCCAUCGGAAGCUGAACAGACGCCACGCAAGGCAAAACUGCAAAAGUCGCCGCUGUUGACUGCACACCGUCUGUCAACCACUUCGCUCGAUGAUGUCAAUCUCGCCGGUAACAAAGAUGAUGAGGACUUGGGAAGUCCCGGUCCUGACCUCGACCCGAGCUCACCUCCUCCUCUGCCCUCAAGAGAGUCAUCUCAGUUCCGGGGACUGUCGGGCAACCUCCCUUCGGUUUCAUUCCCCCCUCCACCUGUCAAAGAUCUUCCUACCCCGCCGCCCCCUCCUCCUCCACCAGCUACUCGAAAGCUCACCGGUCCGUUUGCGUGGUUGACAAGAAGCUCGACGAGCGCUAACAGUAUGAAAUCGCCGCCUCCACAAUCUGCUGCGUUUAACGACCGUAGAAACACCGCAGCCUCGGUCUCUACGAUAUCCAGCAGCAAUGUUGAUCUGCUGAGCCGAUUGCAAGACGGGGAAUAUGGGGACAAAAGACCCAGGCGGAAUAGCUUAAAGGACCAGUUUAAAAUGCUGAGGAUGCGGGAUGAAGGUGCACUCUCGGAGAACGACCAGGCAAGCGUUGUCUCGGGUCGAACCAGCAUUGCCCAUUCCGCAGCAGGCAGUCCGCCGAGUAUCCCGGAAGAGACGGCAGAUGGUCUGGCGCCGGCUGCAUCAUCUGGCCUCCAGUCGACGGUCAACCCGAACCUGGCACCAGGAACGGUUUCUGGAAUAUCAACGUCCGCAACCGAUGCCUCUGCUCCUGUCGACUGGGAAUUAUGGCAGCAAGUCGUCAAUCACGGACCCCGGGCCCUGACGGGUGCCAACUCAGAGGAAAUCAAUGCAGCCAUCAAAAGAGGCAUCCCGCAGACCAUUCGGGGAGUGAUCUGGCAAGUGCUGGCGGACAGUCGCAACCUUGAACUGGAAGAGGUCUACCGGGAGUUGGUCGCGCGUGGCACAGACAAGGAGAAGGAGCGUCAACGACAAAAUGGUCAAGCGAAUGGGACAGGGUUCGACAAGGAAUCACUGUCCUCCUCACGCUCCUCUAUUCGGUCCGAUAACUCGGGGUCGGCCACAAAUUCCAACGCUAGUGCCGCGGUAAGCCCUUUUAACGAGCUUGAUGCCGACAAGUUGGUCAAGGAGCAUGCUGCCAACGAGGCUUUGCGGAAGAAGAAAGCCAAGGAGGAUGCAGCAGCUUUGCACAAGCUUGAAAAGACCAUUAGAAGAGAUCUCGGCGCACGUACAAGCUACUCCAAAUACUUCAUCUCCCAAGGGAGCCAGGAAGCCCUCUUUGGUUUGUGCAAGGCUUAUGCACUCUAUGACGAUGCUGUCGGGUAUGCUCAAGGCAUGAACUUCAUUGUAAUGCCGCUACUGUUUAAUACGGAUGAAGCCGAAGCAUUUACUCUUCUCGUCAAGCUGAUGAACAAGUAUGGUCUUCGGGAGAUGUUCAUUCAAGAAAUGCCAGGGCUUCACCGCAGCCUGUACCUGUUUGAGCGUCUACUGGAAGACCUCGAGCCGGCUCUUUACUGCCAUCUCCGCAGACGUGGCGUUCCACCGCAAUUAUAUGCCACUCAAUGGUUCUUGACACUCUUCGCUUAUCGUUUCCCCUUGCAACUAGUCCUGCGAAUCUACGACCUCAUCUUCGAAGAAGGCCUGGAGAGUACGAUAUUAAAGUUUGCAGUUGCUAUCAUGCAGCGGAAUGCCGAGGCGCUCCUUGGAAUGAAGGAUAUGAGUCCUCUAACAACAUUUUUGAAAGAGCGAAUCUUCGACGUGUACAUCGACAAACAACCAUCAGCCUCUUCGAUUCUCGAGUCUGGCUUUUUUGGCAGUUCCGGCGCUGCGGACAAGGAGGUGUAUCGCGCUGAUAUCAUGGUUCAGGACGCCUGCUCCAUCCCCCUUACCAAAGAGAUGAUCAAGUCGUACACUGCCGAGUGGGAAGAAAAGGUUCGAACGGAAAGGGAGCGCGAGCAGGAGCUAGAAGGGCUGAAGCACACGGUUGGGAUGCAGGCGUCCAAGAUUCGAACCCUUGAAGAGCGGACAGAGGCAUCUGACAAGGAACAUGUUCAACUGGCCUCGGAGUUGGUUCGCGUCAAGGUGGAGAAUGAAGAACUGCAAGAUCUCACUGAUGCGCUGAAAAUGCAGGUCAAGGAGCUCAAGAUUGUCGUGGACAAGCAACCGGCCGAGGUGGAAGAGAAGCUCCGUACAGAGAUGGACCGGAUCAUGCAGCGGAACCUCGAAGUGCAAAACGAGAAUAGGGCCAUGGAAGAGCAGAUGGCCGAGAUGGAGAAAGAACUUGUCGAGGCAAAGAUGCGAUGGGCUGAGAUCUCUGAGAAUCACGAAGCAUUGAAGCAAAAGUGGAGUGAUCUUCGCAAAGCCCUCGAUUGA